GAGUAUUUGCCCCCUAUUGUAGCUCGGCGUUACCGCGUGUGGAAAGUGUUCUGUGUGUGGCAUUUGCACAUCGCGAAGCGAGACCGUGCACCAAAUUAUCAUUUCUGCGGCAUUCUUGCUCCCGCCCGGAACCCGAUUUCUUGCCGGUUUAUGGGCGAUCGUGCCCCCUGUCAGAGGUUUUGAGCUGCCGGCACCGAAGGAUCGCUGUUGGAGUGGGGAAUCGGACUGUGAAACGAGCUAGCGGCGGAGUUCUUGUGUCCGGAUCCGCACUUUGGCGCCGGGCGCCAUUGGCUGAGUUGUACCGAGCGCGCUUGGCUGAAAGUCGGCCGCUUUCCGACGGAUUUAUCCCCGUUCUCCACCGUGUUCAGUGAUUCAGAUUCCGACUGCGACGCCGGCGAGAUGUAUCCUCAAAACAGACAUCCAGCGCCUCCCCACCAGCCGGGACAGCCCUUCAAGUUCACUAUCCCCGAGUCCUGCGACAGGAUCAAAGAGGAAUUCAGCUUCCUGCAGGCGCAAUAUCACAGCCUGAAGAUGGAGUAUGAAAAGCUGGCAGCAGAGAAGACAGAACUCCAGCGCCAUUAUGUCAUGUAUUACGAGAUGUCGUACGGACUGAACGUAGAAAUGCACAAGCAGACGGAGAUUGCCAAGCGGUUAAAUGCCAUCUGUGCCCAGGUCAUUCCCUUCUUAUCCCAGGAGCAUCAGCAGCAGGUGGCCACGGCAGUGGAAAGAGCAAAGCAAGUCACGAUGACUGAACUGAACGCCAUCAUAGGGAAGCAGGCAGGAUUCCCGCAUUUUCUGCAACAGCAGCUCCAAGCGCAGCACCUCCACCAGCCACAUGCCCCACCGGUCCCCAUCGCCCCCCCACCCGCCGGCCUGCAGCCCCCAGGACUCCCACAGGGUAGCGGCUCUGGGCUCCUGGCACUCUCCAACGCACUCGGGUCAGCCCCCCACCCCCUGAAGGACGAGAAGCCAGGAGAACCCUCCAGACAGAAUUCCCUGUCUCCCAGCGACCGCGACCGUUCCGAUCGUGAGAAGUUCCGCACACCAGAUCAUGUGAAUGACCGUGACAAGAACGCCAGCAGCAGCAGCAGUAAGAGGAAAAGGGAUGAGAAAGACUCUGGGGACAGUGAAGGUGAGAAGAGUGACGACAACCUCGUUGUGGACGUGUCCAAUGAGGACCCACCAUCGCCACGCAACGACGACACCCACUCCCCUCGCGAAAAUGGCUUGGAUAAGUCACGUCCUCCAAAGAAGGAACGGCCAGAAAGCCCCAACAGUGUCGCCAGCAGUGGUAGCACACCUUCAUCUCGGAAAGACAAGGAGGUGGAGAAAUCGACCACACCGGUGUCGAAGCCCUCCUCACCCACCCCAAGCGGCAGCGCCACGCCGGGGGCCUCCGGACACUCCGGCAAACCGAUGGGCAAGGCUCCACCAAUAGCGCCGGCACUGCGUACCCCCAUGUCGACCAUGGCCAUGCCGUACUCGUCUCCCAUGAUGCACAUGGCCCACGCGGACCUGACGAGCCCGUCGGCGUACUCCAACAGCCUCAUGCACAACAGCAUCUCGCCACAGUUCAACAACGCCUAUGGACGCAACCCCAUGGUUGGGUUUGACCCGCACCCACACGCCCGUGCCCCGGCACUACUGCCCCCUAGCCUUGCCUCCAUCCCUGGUGGAAAACCGGCAUAUUCAUUCCACGUGAGCGCUGACGGACAGAUGCAGCCCGUCCCCUUCCCUCCCGACGCGCUGAUCGGCCCCGGGAUCCCCCGCCACGCGCGCCAGAUCAACACCCUGAACCACGGUGAGGUGGUGUGCGCCGUCACGAUCAGCAACCCGCCGCGACACAUCUACACCGGCGGAAAGGGCUGUGUGAAAGUGUGGGACAUAAGCCAACCUAGCAACAAGAACCCAGUUUCCCAACUGGACUGUCUCACGCGUGACAACUACAUCCGCUCCUGCAAACUGCUUCCGGGCCGGACCUUAUUGGUCGGCGGGGAGGCCAGCACCCUGUCCAUCUACCUGGCGUCGCCGACUCCUCGCAUCAAGGCGGAGUUGACGUCCAGCGCGCCGGCGUGCUACGCCCUGGCGAUCAGCCCCGACAGCAAGGUGUGCUUCAGCUGUUGCAGCGACGGGAACAUCGCAGUCUGGGACCUGCACAACCAGACACUUGUCAGACAAUUCCAGGGGCACACUGACGGUGCGAGCUGUAUCGAUAUCUCACACGACGGCACCAAGUUGUGGACAGGUGGUCUGGACAACACCGUACGAUCAUGGGACCUCAGAGAGGGACGGCAGCUACAGCAACAUGACUUCACCUCUCAGAUCUUCUCGCUGGGCUACUGUCCCACUGGAGAGUGGCUGGCAGUCGGCAUGGAGAGCAGUAACGUGGAGGUUCUCCACCACACCAAGCCAGACAAGUACCAGCUGCACCUGCACGAAAGCUGCGUCUUGUCACUCAAGUUCGCAUACUGCGGCAAAUGGUUUGUUAGUACUGGGAAGGACAACCUGCUGAAUGCCUGGAGGACUCCUUAUGGCGCCAGUAUAUUCCAGUCCAAAGAAUCAUCCUCGGUCCUGUGCUGCGACAUAUCGGCGGAUGACAAGUACAUCGUGACGGGUUCAGGCGACAGGAAAGCUACGCUUUACGAAGUCAUCUACUGAGGGGAGGGGCCCCCGCCGUGAUACAACAGAACGUUAGUGACACGCGGAGGUUCAGGCAGGGUGUGUGGUCUGAACGUGAGAUCCUCCUUCUCAUCCAAGUCUUACUACUUCCUUUCCCUUCUCUUUGUUAUCUGUUCUCUAACUGUAGUCCAGAGAAUGGGCUUGCAUUCUGAGCUUCGACCUGUCCAAAGACGACAAGUUCAUUGUCACAGGGUCGGGCGACACGAAGGCCACAGUUUACGAGAUCAUUUAUUGACUCCGCCUCCUCAGCUUUUCUAUCACACCUCAGCCACACCCUCACCCUGACUCCUCCUGUUCGAUCUCACAUGGACACAAACCCAAACCGUCGAAUUUUACCUGGCUAACAACGGACCAACGCGGAGCUGUCCAGGCAACCGUAUAGAUCAGCACACAUCAUAGGAAAACAGCACAGCGCAUCAGGAAGACUAUUCGUUAUCUCGUAACUAGCAAAAUUCUGGAUAAACUAUGUGCAUCUGUGUGAAGUCUGCAGAAGGACUGUUAAAUUCCAUCGCUGGCGUCAGUCUUAUCUUUAAGUCAAACAGUUAAAGGAAAUUUGAGGUGAAAAGAAAUAAAAUUUAUUCUCAUUUGUGUUAAAGAAAGGAUAAAAUCCUUGGUGUUUUAGAAGGGGUACUGGAAGCUAAGUUAAGGUUCUGACCAGUAGGCUCUAAGCUCAGUUGUGAAGUAGGUUGCAGACUGUUGACACUGUUGUGAGUAAAGCAGUACUUUUUUUCACAUGGGAUUUUGGACAUUUCAUGUAGUCAGACAGACGUAAUGUAAUCUUGGUUUUACUCAGGGAGGUGGGGUGCAGUGUAGUUUUUUGUUGUUGUUAUUUUGUUUCCACCGUUGUUUUACCUCAGAUUGGACAGUGAUGGUUGAGUGUAUUUCUGGCUGAUCUAACAACGUAGAUAAAUGUGUGACUUUGCAAUGGAAAAAAAAACUUGUUUGCAGCUUGCAUUAAUGCCUGUACAGUGCAUGUGGCGCUAACCCAUAAAGAAUACAAAGUGUACUAUAUUCAAAUAAAUGGAUGAAAGUUAUAACGUUAUUGCUGUUAUAUUUUAAGAUGCACUUUUUGCCAUGUACCAACAAAGAGAGAAAAGGAGAGACUUGUCUUAUUUUGUAUAACUAGUGGGGAUAUGGGGUGGACUUGUGAUCCAAAUAAAAGUUAACAAGUUGUCAACAUUUACAUGUGUAGCUCAGUCAUGUGAGUAGUGAAGUAGGUGCCAGUAGAAACAACAUGGUUAGGCAGUUGAGCAUCAUCGGGUAAACCAGCAUGGGCAAGUGUAAAUUUCUACCUGCAAUGUACAUAGAAGAAAGAAACUGUGUUUCCUGGCAGUUUUUGCUCGUGGCUUGGAUGUGUGUAAGGUUUACCCUCAGCAUAUUGUGCGUGAUUCUGGUUCUCCACAGCGACUUUUGUACGAGAGACUCAGAGUGGUAUCUAGUUUUGUUCCCCCAUAGGCCUUAAGUUCCUUUGAGAGAAAGAGAGAGAGACCUGUAUGUAGAGAUGUUCAAAAAAAUAAAUACUGUGUUAAUCCUA